AUGAAAGGCCAAAAGUGCCUUUAUGAACUGAUUCCAGGGGAUUUUUCCUUGGAGGUUCGUAACCUGAUCUACACAGUAAAGGCUUAUCCAGACUUCACUCUCAAUGUACGAUUUGUACAACAGACCAAAGAGAUCGCCAGCGCCGUUGAAAACAACCAAUCAAGAAAUGCAGACUACCUCUCAGAGAAGAUGGUUCUAGAUUAUGGGACCCAUGUAAUCACGAGUGUUGAUGCCGGGGCUGCUUUGGUUCAGGAAGACUACCUCAGCUCCUCAUAUGUGUCGGACAGUACAUCAGACAAUUCAAGCAUCAAAGCACAGGCAGGGUUAAACUUCUUUGACAAACUUAAAUUUGACAUAAGCAGUCAAAGCGCCCAACAGAGCUCCUCACUUCAGACGUACCGGUCUAAAAUCAGGUACUCUCUCAUCCAAAGCCAUGGUGGCAUUCCUUUCUAUCCUGGCAUCACUCUGCAGAAGUGGCAGGAAAGCACCAAGAACAACCUGGUUGCUAUUGAUCGCGCUGGACUUCCUCUGCACUACUUCAUAAACACCAACACCCUCCCUGAUCUGCCACAGCCCACCAUUGAGAAAGUGGCUCUGUCUGUGAGUCAGGCCAUAGAGCGAUACUACAUGAUCAACAUGAGGUCAGGAUGUGUGGACGUCACCUCCAAGAACUUCAACUUCCAAGCCAACGUAGAUGAUUCUUCCUGUGAGGGUCCUGCUACAAACCUCAGCUUUGGUGGAGUCUACCAAGAGUGUGUUCCAAUCAGCUCAGAUGCAGACCCUCUAUGUGACACCCUGGCUGAGAAAAACCUAGACACAGGUGAUUUCUCCUGUAGUCCUCCUUACAUCCCCACCUUACUGAGAUCAGAAGAGAGACAGCAGGGUUACACUACGCAUGACUGCCAUGAGGAAAUAUAUAUAUGUGAGCUUUUUGUGGGUAUAGAUUGCACUCGCCAAGUGUGUGAGGACAACUACCAUGUUCGCUCUGCAAUCAUAAACACCUACUGGUGCUCUGUAAAUGGAGAGGCCCCAGAAAACUCAGGGUAUCUGUUUGGAGGGAUUUACAGCCCCUCUCUCCUGAACCCCCUCACCAAUGCCCAAAGCUGCCCACAAAACCUCAUUCCUGUAAAGUUUCUGUCCGAUGGACAGGUAAUCUGUCUGAGCAAAGACUAUGAGGCUGGCAGCAGAUUCGCAGUGCCGUUUGGAGGCCUCUUUAGUUGUCAGACUAGUAACCCAUUAGCGAAUUUCCAACAUCGCUGCCCUCCCAAGUUCAGUCAGCAUCUCGCUUCGGUGAGCGAUGGCUGUGAAAUCCUUUACUGUGUCCAGUCAGAGGCAUUCAUAGAAGGGGAGCUGCUUCCUGUUCAUCUGCCUCCAUUCACUAAGCGCCCACUUGUCAGCAUGCAUGCCACCAAUACAGUGAUGUUGAUGACUGAAGGAUAUAAGGGCUGGGUCAGAAUAGGGCAGACCAACUCAUGGAAAGUAGUCAAACCAGAGGAAAUCAAGGAAAUUAUGCAAAAGCGCAACCACAAACUGAAUGAGAAGUCUAGUAGAAAGAAGGCUUUGGUAGCAUUUGGGGUGAUUGGGAUGAUGCUGCUGCUGGUUGUGGGGGCAGUAGUCCUGGUGAAGAGGAGGAGGAAGCUGUCUGGGUUUAGGGCAGCUAGAGGUGAUGAAGAUACACAUGGAGAGGUUAAACAGCAAGAGGAUGAGAGUGAUAUAGCAAGAUGA